ACCUAAAAAACUUUUGCAAUCGGUUUGGAAAAUAAUUUUCAGCAGUGUUGUGUUUUUACCACGAAUUCAGGUACCCAUACUCCGAAAGUUUUAGACAGAAACUUUAUAAAUUGAUAGUACAGUUCUGUGUCGACUUCCUAAUGUCAUUUUUUCCAUCUGGAGAGAACAUGUGGACAUCAGAACGAAAAAGACAGUAAGCAGCUGUGGGUGUUAAUGUUCCUAAUUUGCACAUUAUAACUUGUAGGCGUUUCUCAUUUAUUUUAUAUUGAUUUUCGUGUUCCAAAUUUGUCUACAACUCUCAGGAGGCCCUCUGGAAUCUGGCACUAUCGUUCGUAAUUUCUGACGAGCAUUGCAAGUGGAAAUGUUUUUUGAAGAUCUUUAACCGCUGUCAAGGAAUUUAUUCUCAAUGGAGCCGACGAAAGGAAGCCAGAGCUGUGGAACUAUUGAUAAAGAAGCUGCAAACAAACUCAUCGAGGAUUUAAAUAAAGCAGUUACUGAUUUGUAUGAAUUUGAAGAAAAUUAUUUUACUAAUCAUCCAAUAUCUGAUGCACCCAAAAAAACUGACCAUGUCCAAGAAAAACUCAACGAGACUCUCUCAAGGCUGAAAUCAGAGUUUGAUCAAUUGAAAGAUUUUCCAGAGUGUGAAGUGAGAGCUCAGUGUUACUACCUUCUAGGACGAGCACUGAAUAUACAUCCUGCUUUCAAUCCUGAGGCGGAGGAAGCUUUAUCAAAAGCAAUCAAGUUAGAUCCAAGUCUGGUGAAUGCCUGGAAUGAGUUGGGUGAGUGUUUUUGGAAGAAGAAUGACAUGGAAGAGGCAAAAAAUUGUUUUAAUGGAGCUCUUAAACGGAGUCAUAACAAAGUUUCAUUACGUAACUUAUCUAUGAUAUCUCGGCAAGAGGCAGCUAAGUCGACAAAGGAGUGUAAAGAGAAAAUUGAUAUCGGUGUACAAUAUGCUAAGGAUGCCCUCAGCUUAGAUCCAUGCGAUGGAUUAUCUUGGUCUGUUUUGGGCAAUGCACAUUUGUCAGCAUUUUUCAGUAUUCAACAAAACCCUAGAACUUUGAAACAAGCCAUGUCAGCAUAUUACCAAGCUGAAAAGGAUCCUGUGGCCCAGAAUAAAUCAGAUCUACACUAUAACAAAGGAGUUGCUUUAAAGUAUGAAGAGGAAUAUCCUGAAGCCUUAGAAUCAUUUGAACGUGCUAAAAAUCUCGAGCCUUCAUGGGAAUUACCCGGUCUCAAGCAAGAGCAGUUAUUGAAGUACUUAACUAACACUCAAAUCCUAGUCAAUCAGCAUGGCCGGUUGAAAGCCAAGAAGCUUGCAUCAUUGCAAAAUACGCUUGACGAAAAAUCUUUAGGACCCUACGCAGGUGGAAAUUUUACAAGUGCCAGUGGGACAUCAGUAACUCUUACCAGUAUUCCUUUCUCGAAGCUGAAAGAAGGUGUCAACUCAGAGAAAGUCAUUCUUGGAUUUGUUGUUUGCUCAAUUCAUGAUGACGAUUCAGUUCCAUUUUCCUUUUGUUUGACUGAUGAGGAAAAAACCACUAUUGUUGUUACCGUGUACAAUCUAGCUCAAGGAAAGGGUGUCAUUAUCGGAGAUACCGUUGCCAUUCCAGAACCUUUCGUCACUUUCAAUGAUUUCAGUUUCCAAGAUAAGAAAUUUCAAUUCACCAGCGUUCGGAUAGAUAAUCCACUCGUAUUGGUUGUCAAUGGAAAGAAAGUGAAAAAAGACCAACUAGCUAGUACUCAACUAUCUGUGUUCAAAGUGAUUCAGUGACUGAAUACUCAUGUAUUUUUCUCAUAAUUCUGUAUUCAACUCACUCUCUGCCUCAGCGGGUUCAACUCAGCACAUAAUUUUUUUGAGAAGCACAAUACUCAAUUAAAGUUGCAUUGUCAUUGAAACCCAUGGUUCUAAACAAACCUAAUGAAAAGUACUAUCAAGAAAGGUUCUACCUGUUUUUCUUUUCUACUCUUAACUUUGAUCAUCAUCAAACCCCUUUCAGCAACCGUUAUGAAUCUGAUAUUUAUCACUUAAUUUAGUGGAACGUUUACUCUGUAUCAAAUUAUUUUACUUACUUAAAAUAGCCGUUCCAGGUGUAUAACCCAAGUCUCUUUUAGACAUGGUAUGAUUUGGUUAAAAUAUUCUUCUGUCUGUUGAAGGGUGAGGUGUGAAAACAGCCCUCAGUAAUCUGCUUUGUUAAAAAUUUACAAAUGUAUCCCAAGUGCAAGUAAUCUUUUCUAUAAUUCAACAUACAUCUCGUCUUUAACAAAGGCUCUAACCGUAUAUCCAAAGGAAACAUAUUUAUUUUCUUAAGUACCUAACAUGUAAUUCAACAUUUUAUACUUUAAAUGUAUUUGACUCAAAACUGUAAUCCUGCAUGGGCAAUGCAUAGAUAUUAAAAUUCAACUGCCCCCUCAAUUUUACUGUAGGAAAUGUAUGUUUACCCAUUAAACUUUCUUCCUCAAGAAGAAAGCAAAGGGAUACUUUUAGAUAAGUAAAUUUCUUAGCACGUUCAUUCCAUGAAUGAAUGUCCAUUGCUUUUUUGUAGUCAUAGAUAUACUUUUUUUUUAUAAAAUUAACCAAAAUUAAUACAUCAAAUUCUUACUUUU